AUGGCCGUCCAGUUUACGCCGGAGUGAGUGCCCCUGCGUGUCCGUCUGUAAACUUCGUAAGUUGCCUUUUUUGCAGAUAUUGAUUCAGAUUCAAUUAAUUUUCCUUCUUGAAUUUACUAAACUACGUUCAGUUCAUAUCCUCAUGUGAUUUGUCAUUCUAAUAUGAUCGGAAGGAAUGUUUUCUGAAUGAUCUGAAAGCGGCAGUCAAUUCAAUUUGCCGCUCAUUUCCACGUGAGCCCUCCGUCCCUGCGGACACACUGCGUCAGCUCCGACGGCGUUUCCUGGAAACGGACGGUCUCCCGGGGAGACUGAAUGGGAUGAACUCUCGGUAGGGGAAAAAGAGCCACAAUACACAGGAUGAGCGAGUCGCGGAAGGGAGUGGCUCUUCGUGAGCUCUUCUGGAAAACUCUUGUUCUAGGAAGUCACUAUCCGAGUGAGUUCGAUGGAGGACGGUUCAGGAGCACUCCGGGGUGAGUUCCUUUAUGUCUUUUGACAAGCUUUUCUCUUUUUGCAGGGACCAGUUCCCGAUGGAUAUCGUUUUGGGCUUGGAUAAACUCGCAAACGUCUAUAAAGUGGUCAUAGAUGCGGAUGAGGCAUUCACACGUACUUUCAAAUCGCCACGAAUCCCGAUUUAGCAUUUCAUUUCAGCUUCUCGAGUCACCGUUCGAAUUGGGAGAGCUGAUUCAAGUUCGGAAGUGAAUUACAAGAAUGCGAGACUUGCCAAGUAUCAGAAGCCGAUUUCGAUGGAAUUCUUCAGAAGAGAACGAUCUGCGAGCAGGCUGGAGAGCAAGUGAGCGCAGAAUUCAAGGGGACUGUGCUAAUCAGAGAACUCAGAAACGCAUUCACUGAUGCCAUCGGUCAAUACGUUUGGGUGACAAUCGAAAAGCCACUGCUGCAGUCUUUGAAUCCAGCGGGGCAAGUCGAAAUAAAGAAGCUAACGGUGCUCGGUUAUCCGCUGCCAGAUGAUGUGGCAAAAGCAGAGACUUCGAUUAUGACCGAAAGUGUUCCACACAAAGAAGAGGAACGGAUUACGGUAGAAGACGAACCGAAGAGAGUUCCGAGGAGAGACGUGAAAGUGGAGAGACACAGCUAGUGGGCGAUGCGAUUGACGGUCUCGUGUAGUCACUUCAAUUUCAGUGAGGGCGAUGGAAUGAGUAUGAAGGAAGAGACCAAUUUGAGUGGCGACCCGCUCACGUCCGUCCGCACGAUCCGCCGCGUGCUCGAGCAGAAGAUGGAGAAGGCGAACUACGACGGGAAGACGAUCCAGGCGACGGUCUGUUUGAGGGCCAUCCAGAGAAUCGACGAGUACGAGGCGAGGAUCGAGGAUCUGGCGACCCGAAGGAGCAGAGCGCUCGAGGCGGGCGAUCUGCAAAUGGUUCGGCUUUCAAUGUUUCACCCCUUCUCAUCGAGUCUCUUCCAGGCAGAACGACACCGUCUGGCCAUGAUCGACUGCCGGGAUACUGUCUUCCGUGCGGUUCACAUCGACCUUCUUUUGGACAGAGACGAGGUGGGAAAAUGGAGAACGGACGGAUAGGAAAGUAGACAUUUCAGCUGAGAGCGAUCGGAGUUCAAUCGGAAUGGACGGAGCAAUGA